AUGGAGAAAUAUUUUCAGAAAGUACCAAAAAAAAGUUUGGUGUCUCACUCUUCUCAGAAUCAAAAUCAACUAGGCCGAGAUGAAAAUGCCAACCAAGCAGAAAUACCAUCGUCUCACUCUUCUCAGAGACAAGAAUUUGAUGUAAAUGAUCUAAAGGCUGACCCGACCGAAAGAACUCGAAUUUUGGAUUAUCAUCCAAACAUUCGUGAUGAGGUAAGGAGGGCAUACAUUAAAAAAGGUCCUUGCCAACCUAAGGAUCAUAAGUUUCCUAAAACUGAUAUUUCUGGAAUACCACGUCGUUUUGUUUCUAAAUGGUUUGAUGAAUUUCCUGAUUGGUUGGAAUAUAGUACAAGUGCAGAUGCAGCUUAUUGUUUGCCUUGUUAUUUGUUUCAAGGUGAAAGCAUUCAUCAAGGUGGUGGUAAUGUAUUUUCGACUAAAGGGUUUAAAAAUUGGUAUAGAAAGGAUAGCUUGCUAUUGCACGUUGGUCCACCAAAUAGUGUUCAUAAUCAAUCAAAAAGAAUGUGUGAAGAUCUAAUGCGAGAAGAACAAUCCAUUCAGGCUGCAUUUUACAAGUUGGAUGAUAAAGGUAAGCAUGAAUAUUGGGUUCGCUUAAAUGCUUCAAUCGAUGUGGUACGACUUCUCUUGAAUCAAGGUUUGGCACUUCGCGGUCAUGAUGAGAGUGAAUUGUCAUUGAACAAAGGUAAUUUUCUUAAAGUUCUUUCAUGGUACGCAGAUAAAUGUGAUCAAAUUCAACCUUAUGUGUUAGGAAAAGCUCCAAAAAAUAAUAAAAUGACUUCUCAUGAUAUCCAGAAAGAUAUUGUGAGUGCUUGUAAGAUUGAAACAAUUAAGGCUAUAAUAGAGGACUUAAAUGGUGACUACUUUGCUCUAUUGGUUGAUGAAUCUAGAGAUGUGUCACGCAAAGAGCAAAUGGCUAUUUGUUUACGAUAUGUUGAUAAAAGGGGAUUUGUGAUGGAGGCAUUUAUUGGACUUGUUCAUGUUAAAGAUACUAGUGCGUUAUCUCUAAAGAAAGCAAUUGUGGAUGUACUCGCUCACCAUUCUUUAACUUUGUCUUAUGUACGGGGGCAAUGUUAUGAUGGGGCAAGCAAUAUGCAAGGUGAGCUUGGUGAUCUUAAAACGUUGAUCAAACAAGAAAGUAGAUCGGCUCAUUCCGUUCAUUGUUUUGCUCAUCAACUUCAACUAACUCUUGUUGCGGUUUCUAAAAAGUGUGUUCAAGUGGGAGAACUUGUACUCUUGGUUUCAAAUGUUUUGAAUGUGUUGGGAGCUUCUUUUAAACGUGUGGAUGGAUUUCGAGAAUCUCAAAAACAAAAACUCCGGGAAGCAUUAGAUAUCGGUGAGCUAGAAACGGGUAGAGGCCUGAAUCAAGAACUUGGCCUUAUUAAAGCCGGUGAUACUCGUUGGGGAUCUCACUACAAGUCGUUUGGAAACUUUAUUAGUAACUUUGCCUCUAUUGUUGAUGUACUUGAUGCUCUUGUUGUAAAUGCAAGUACUCCGGAUGAAAGAGCUAGUGCCUCGGGAUUUCUUAGAAGUUGUCAAACAUUUGAGACUGUUUUCUUGUUGCAUUUGAUGACUGAUGUUUUAGGAAUCACAUAUGAUCUUAAUGUGUCAUUACAAAAAAAGGAACAAGAUAUUGCAAAUGCCAUGAUUCUUGUUAAGGUUUGCAAGAGAAGGUUGCAAGCUUUAAGAGAUAAUGAAUGGGAUUCUCUCUUAGAAAAGCAUUCUGGAUGGGAUUCACUUAAAGAAAAGGUAGAAAUUUUUUGUAUCAAGCAUAAAAUUUCAUUGCCUAAUUAUGAUGAUCCAUAUGCUAACUCUGGAAGAUCACGACGUAAAGUAGUUGAUUACACUACUUUGCAUCAUUAUCGUGUGGAUUUGUUUUAUAAAAUUAUUGAUUGGCAGCUACAAGAACUCAAUGAGCGUUUCAAUGAGGUGACUAGUGAUUUGCUUAAUGGAGUAGCUUGCUUGAAUCCAAUUGAUUCAUUUUCUAGUUUUGACAUAACAAAAAUAGUGAGAAUGGCUGAAUUAUAUCCUGAUGAAUUUGAUGGAUUUAGCAUGAGGGCCCUUGAGAAUCAACUUGCUAAUUACAUUAUUGAUGUUCGUGAUAUUGACAAAAGGUUCUCCAAUUUAGGUGGACUUGGGGAACUUUCAAGAAAGUUAGUUGAGACAAAGAAGCAUUUAAACUAUUCUCUUGUAUUCCUUUUGGUGAAGUUUGCUUUGCUUCUACCAGUUGCCACUGCAACAGUUGAAAGAGUUUUUUCUGCGAUGAAGUUUAUUAAGAAUGACUUGCGGAAUCGAAUGGACGAUGAAUUCUUAGAUGGUUGCAUAGUGCCUUAUGUGGAAAAAAAAAGUAUUUAA